AUGGACGACGCGCUGCGACACAGCACGGCCAUCCUCGCCCUCCGAAUCGACAGCGAGGACAGACUUCGAAACACCAGGCGUUGCCUGGUCUAUCUGCUGUCCCGCUUCGCUGGGCUCCGGAUCAUAGUCCGCGAGGACGGCGUCGAAGCGCGGGUCCGAGAGCUCCUGCGUUCGGCGGAUGUGGCCGCGUACGGCGACAGGGUGCGCUACUCUUUCGUGGAGGAGCACUCCGAGAUCUUCCACAGGACGAAGCGGCUCAACGAGUGUCUGAAACAGGUCGAGACACCGGUGACGAUAAUCCACGACGUCGACGUGAUCCUGCCCGUUACGAGCAUGCUGGAAGCGCAGCGCAUGAUAACAGAGGAAGGCUACGGUGCGGUGACGCCCUUCACGAACCCUCCUGGUUGCACGGACGUCCCUCAGUGGGACGCCGACCUGCUGGUGUCUGACGUGUCCACUCACGACAGGCUAGCCGUGAUCCACCGCAACCACUUCGCGGGAAACGGUUUCAGCCUCUUCGUCGCCACCAAACGAUACGCCGAAGGGGGAGGGGAGAACGAGGACUUCGUGUCCUACGGACCCGAGGACGAUGCUCGCCUGUACAGCCACACGAGACUCGGCUUGAGGUACGGGAGGGUGCGGGGGAGGGUCUUUCACAUGGAGCAUCAGAGGGGCGUCAACAGUUCUCCUUCGAACCCCUUGUUCGUGUCCAAUACGGAGUCGGCCCCUACGAUCGCCGAGAUCAUGGCUGCCGCGGCCUACUGCGUGCACACGGACGACGUGGUGGAGGCCGUGUCGCAGAGAAACACGCCUCUUACGCUCUGCAAGGCGCAGUUCGAAAACGCGGGGGCUUAUGUGGAGUUCGUGGAGGUUUUGAGACGUCUGUUGGAAGCGUCCCUCCACGUCGCGUCCUCCCCGUGCGCGAACUGCGGCUUUACGGACGUUGCUCUCUCGAGGAUGCUGAACUCGAGGAAUAUGACCUUGGUGACGUUCCGAGAUGAGAGGGAGCGAAAAGGAGCGGGCUCCGUGACGUGCGACUUCGACAAAGACUCGUGCAUCGUGUACCUCGAAGGCGCGUCCGACGGCACCGCGCGAGUGAAGAGAGUAUGUGCCUGCUGA